AUGGACCUCAUAUACCCUACCAACGUUGAGCCAGCAAAGCCAGAUUACUACUUUGAUCUCGAGUUCCCAACCUUUGACGACGAACACACCUAUAUCGAGAGAAGGGAUAUCAAGGCCGCUUGGCUCAAGCUGAUCAAGCAGCAUCACCCUGACAAGAGGGGGCCAGGCAACGACGGUGAUACGGCCGUGUUCCGCAGGCUUAUGACUACCUUCGCGAUGAGGACAAACGCACACGUUACGACGAAGAAUACCCUCGAAUUAGAGUGGAGUGGCUCCGCUACCGGAAGCUGGCUUCCGAAGAAGAGGAUGCUGCAAGACGAGAAAUUGAGGCUUCUGAAAGGGAAAUCACCACACGGGGAAAAGCACGAAGAGAAGCGGAAAGACUCGAAAAGAUUCGAAAUGAGUGGAAUCGAUUUGAAGCCAAGAGACAACGGGAGUUUGUGGCUGAAUGGAUCCGCCUCCAAGCAGAGAGACAGGCCGAGGAAGCUUCAAGGAGGGCCAAAGAGCAAGAAGAACAAGAGGCCAAAGACAAGCUUAGAGGGCAAAAGCAAGAGCGACGGGACAUGGAAUGGGAGGAGCGGAGGCUUAGGGCAGUUCGGCAUAUUGAGGAACUCGAGGCAGUUCUGCAAGCUGAGCGAGCCGAAAGAUACGAACGGGCUAGACGAGAAGGAAACCGCCAAAAAGAAGAAUGGGAGCGGAGACGAUGGCAAAGAUGGGUGGAAGAAAGCGAAAGGAUGGUUCACCAACACCAGGAAAGCUUCAGGGGGGCAGAGGACGAUUUGUGGACGGAGGCAUUUCCGACCCAAGAGCCGGUUCAAAGUGCUCAGAACUCAGAGAGCGAAAGCACUCAAACAUAUUCUGAAAGUGAAGUUCAAAGUGUGGCAACAGAAGAGGCACCGUUUUACUGCCGCCAUGCUCUCACAGGCUGGGCCGUGA